AUGAAGACACUCCAGAUGAAGACACUCCAGAUGAAGGCACUCCAGAUGAAGGCACUCUCAAACAAGACCGUCGGAGACAAGACCGCCGGAGACAAGGCUGCCGGAGACAAGACCGUCGGAGACAAGACCGUCGGAGACAAGACCGUUGGAGACAAGGCCGUUGGAGACAAGGCCGCCGGAGACAAGGCCGCCGGAGUCGUGGGUCUGGGCUGCGAAGUCCACUCGGCUUGGCGAAUGAAAGCCUUUCUCGAACCCGAGCGUGUUGUGGAUCAAGAGCAAAUCUAG